UCAUCUUCGCACUUGUGGGAUUAAAUAUGACGUCAAUUUUGUGACUCGAAUCCAAAUUUUAAAAAAUGUCUCACGAGACGUCCCUUGGUGUAGUGGCAAAAUUAAGUGGUUUAUUGGGCACAAAUGAGCCGGCUCUACGUCUCUUACUUACAAUUUUAGCUGGUUACCCUUUGGCCCUGGUGCAUCGCAAAUACGUCUAUGGCAGGGCCCCACCCGUCCAACACCUCUUUUCAAUCACUUGUGGAUUGCUCUUAGGCUAUUGGAACUACGGCUUUGAUAUUUUCCACACAAUUUUCGCCAUAAGCGUCACCUACGCAGUAUUAACAAUUCUAGGGGGCACGUCUUUAAGCGUUGGGAUUGUUUUUGUUUUUAAUCUAGUUUACCUCUUAGCCGGGUAUUAUUAUGCCGGGACGGAUACGUACGACAUUAAUUGGACUAUGCCCCAAUGUAUCCUUGUUUUGCGCUUAAUCGCCGUCGCUUUUGACUUGUAUGACGGCCAACAGCCGGAGGAGUCUCUCGGGGGCGAAAACCGCAAAGUUGCCCUAAAAUCAUGCCCCACAAUUCUGGAAUUCUUCGCUCAUGCCUUGUUCCCAGCGAGUUUCAUGGUGGGGCCCCAAUUUCCCAUGAAACGAUACCAGGAUUUCGUGGCGGGGAAAUUUGAGCGUGAUUGUACCGAAGCUGCAAUGAAGAGAUUCGCCCUUGGAGUGUUUUAUUUAAUUGUGUUUCAAAUUUUGGGGCUGUUUGUCUCCGAUGAUUAUAUGUACUCGGGGGAGUUUCAGGAGUUAAGUUUUCUGAAGAAAAUGCUAUUAAUGGGGUUAUGGGGGCGGUUCACGCUCUAUAAGUACAUUUCCUGUUGGUUGUUGACAGAAGGGGCGUGUAUUUUAUUUGGGUUGGCUUAUAACGGGAAAGGGGCCAAUGGGGAGUCGCUUUGGAACGGUGUUGAAAACGUUAAGUUAUCGACAUUUGAAAAUACAACAGAGUUCACUCAUUACAUACAAUCGUUUAAUAUAAAUACGAAUCAAUGGUCCGCUCAGUAUAUUUAUAAGAGAUUGAAGUUUUUGGGGAAUCGACAUGUUAGUCAGUUGGCAACAUUGGUGUUUUUGGCGAUAUGGCACGGUUUCCAUUCAGGGUACUACGUGUGUUUCUUCUUUGAAUUUAUGGUCGUUUAUAUGGAACGAGAAGUCAAAUCAAUCGUUAGUAAUAAUACGCUAUUGAGUGAAUUCUUUUCCAAUCCAGGAGUUGCACAAAUCGUUAAAAUUCUUUUAAGGAUUUACACUUUUGUUUUUAUGGGUUGGUGUUUGAUGCCUUUUGCCCUUUUGAAAUUGGAUAAAUAUUGGAGUGCGUUUAGUGGGGUUAGCCAUGUCGGCUCAAUUUUCUUUUUAUUGUGGCCUGUGGUUUAUGGUCCCAUUCUUAAGGCUGUUUUUAAGAGGGACAAGAAGAAGGAGCGAAAUGAAUGAAGUUUUUUAGUAUUAAAUUGUAGUCACACGUACUUAUAUGCAAUUUUUUCAAAUUGUCACAGCACAAUUAUAGUAUUUUUUAUUUAUUGUACGUUAUUGUUAUUAAUAAAUUCUCUACAAAACAA